GUCAAUUUAAUCAAACCUACAAUUGUGAGGUGAAGCAGUAAUUAAAAUGCAUGCACAGUUUUAUAUGUUUUACAUGGCAUAGUCGCUAAAUGCAUAUAUAACAGAAAAUUACAGGUUAUGAUCCCGGACAUGCAGCAACGUUAGAACCACCAUCAAGAUAUCGUAAGCUAGCGACUCAUAGCGACCCUGUAAUAAAUCUAACUAACUUACGCUAAUUUAGCUAGCGUUGGCCGCUAGUAUUCAUUAGCUAAAAGACAGCGACAUAUUUUCGCUGUAUCAUUUUUUUCUCCUUCUUGUUUUUUAAAUGGGUUUCCAUCGUACAAAAUCUGAGUUUCUGUUAAAACUAGCCGGCGGGGUAAACGUUAGCUUCAGGUUCGCCUGCUGCAUUUAAGUCGUGACUGUGUCUGUCAGGAUGGAUGAUAUUUCGGCCUAACCAACGUUUUCAUUCAUAUUACUCCUGACUUCCAUCCAUCUGCAAUAUUCAGGUUAUAAUAUAGGUGUUUUUAUCUUGGAUCAACAAUGGCCUUCAGCAAAGGAUAUCGCAUUUACCACAAGCUGGACCCUCCUCCCUACAGUGUCAUAGUGGAAACUAGGACUAGGGAAGAAUGCCUCAUGUUUGAGUCUGGGGCUGUUGCUGUUCUGUCGGCAGCAGAGAAAGAGGCCAUUAAAAACACAUACACCAAGAUUUUUGAUGCCUAUGGAAUCCUGGGUGUCCUCCGUCUAAACCUGGGUGACUCUAUGCUCCACAGUCUGGUGGUUGUGACAGGAUGCAGUUCGGUGGGGAAGGUGCAGGAUUCAGAGGUUUUCAGGGUCACACAGACAGACUUUAUAUCGUUAAAGAAUGAUCCAGGAGAUGAAGACCGGAUCGCUGAAGUGAGAAAGGUCCUAAACUCAGGGCACUUCUACUUUGCCUGGUCUUCCACUGGAGUCAGCAUGGACUUGAGUCUUAAUGCACAUCGCAGGAUCCUAGAAGACACUACAGAUAACCGCUUUUUUUGGAACCAAUCACUGCACCUGCACCUGAAACAUUAUGGAGUAAACUGUGAUGACUGGCUGUUGAGGCUGAUGUGUGGUGGUGUGGAGAUCAGGACCAUCUAUGCAGGACACAAACAGGCCAAGGCCUGCAUCUUCUCCCGCCUCAGCUCAGAGCGAGCUGGUACGCGAUUUAACGUCCGAGGAACAAAUGAUGAUGGGCAGGUGGCCAAUUUUGUGGAGACUGAACAGGUCAUUUUCCUGGAUGACAGGUGCUCAUCCUUCAUACAGAUCCGUGGAUCUAUUCCUCUUUUCUGGGAACAGCCAGGAAUCCAGAAAAAGUCUAUUAAGGGUGUUUUGUUGCACCUGAAUGAGAAUCGGCACCCUAAUGGACUGGAUGAGAACCCCCACCUGGUUGGCUCUCAUCGUGUCAAACUGUCAAGGGGAUUUGAAGCAAAUGCACCAGCAUUUGAAAGACACUUCACUGCACUGCGGAGGUUGUAUGGUAAACAGGUGAUCAUCAACCUGCUUGGGAGUAAGGAAGGAGAACACAUGCUCAGCAAAGCAUUCCAGAGUCACUUGAAGGCGUCAGAUCAUGCAGCAGCUGUGAAAAUGGUGAACUUUGACUACCAUCAAAAUGUAAAGGGAGGCAAGGCAGACAAACUCCACAGUGUUCUCAAACCCCAGCUCAGCAAAUUCAUAGAAGAGUGUGGGUUCUUCUACUACUCUGGAGAGAUGGGUAUCGUAAGGACUCAGGGUGGGACCAUCAGGACCAACUGCUUGGACUGUUUGGACAGAACCAACAGUGUACAGGCCUUUUUUGCUCUUGAGAUGCUGCCAAAACAGCUGGAGGAGAUGGGUCUGACAGAGAAACCACAGCUAGUGGCCAGGUUCCAGGAGGUUUUUAGGACUAUGUGGUCUGUCAACGGAGACUCCAUCAGUAAGAUCUACGCAGGCACCGGAGCUCUGGAUGGCAAGGCCAAGGCGGGGAAGCUAAAAGACGGAGCUCGCUCUGUGACCAGAACCAUCCAGAACAACUUCUUUGACAGCUCCAAGCAGGAGGCUAUAGACAUCCUGAGGCUGGGCUCAACACUGAACAGUGAUUUGGCGGACAAAGCUCGGGCCUUGCUCACCACUUCUAGUCUUUAUGCCACUGAGCCCGUCUUACAAUCAGCCUCCCCGAGAGUAUUACUGGGUAUGUGUCAGAGCCACCAUAAAUACACAAGGCCCAAGCAGAUCCGGGUGUGUGUCGGCACCUGGAAUGUUAAUGGGGGUAAACAAUUUCGGAGCAUUGCUUUCCGCAACCAGACACUCAACGACUGGCUCUUGGACGCUCCGAAGAAGGCAGGGCAGCCUGAGUUCCAGGACAGCAAAGCCAACCCCAUAGAUAUCUUUGCCAUCGGUUUUGAGGAAAUGGUUGAACUGAAUGCUGGAAACAUAGUCAGUGCUAGCACGACUAACCAGAAAAUGUGGGCAGCUGAGCUCCAGAAAAACAUCUCACGGGACCACAAGUAUGUGCUGCUUGCUUCAGAGCAGCUGGUGGGAGUGUGUCUGUUUGUCUUCGUCCGCCCACAGCACGCACCCUUCAUCAGGGAUGUAGCUGUAGAUACUGUAAAAACUGGAAUGGGCGGGGCCACAGGCAAUAAGGGAGGUGUGGCUAUCCGCAUGCUGUUCCACACCACCAGCAUCUGCUUUGUCUGUUCCCACUUUGCCGCUGGCCAAUCACAGGUCAAGGAAAGAAACGAUGACUACCAUGAGAUCACACGCAGGCUCAGCUUCCCCAUGGGUCGUCUGCUGUACUCGCAUGAUUAUGUGUUUUGGUGUGGUGACUUUAACUACCGUAUCAACCUGCCCAAUGAGGAAGUAAAGGAGCUGAUCAAACAGCAGAACUGGGAUGCCUUGACAGCUGGGGACCAGUUGGUGGACCAAAAGAAUGCUAGUUUUAUCUUCCGAGGCUUUAUUGAGGGAAAGCUAGAUUUUGCUCCCACCUAUAAGUAUGACCUCUUCUCAGAAGAUUAUGACACCAGCGAGAAGUGCCGCACACCAGCCUGGACUGACCGCAUACUCUGGAAGAGGAGAAAGUGGAACUUUGACAAAACAGCUGAGGAGAUGAAUGUAGAAGCUGCCACUACUACAUCUGGAGAGAAUGAGGAUGACCCAGCCCACCCCUGGAGCCCUGGUACUCUGAAGUACUAUGGCAGGGCUGAACUGAAAACAUCAGACCACAGGCCUGUGGUGGCAUUAAUAGAUGUGGACAUCCUAGAGGUUGACCCAGAGGCUCGCCACCAAGUCUAUAAAGAUGUUAUUGCCCUGCAGGGGCCUCCAGACGCCACCAUCCAGGUGUCACUCUGCUCCUCUGGCCCUGAUGAUUACUUUGACGAUCAACUCAUAGAUGAGUUGUUGGACAAGUUUGCUGAUUUUGGAGAGGUCAUCCUCAUCAGAUUUGUUGAGGAGAAGAUGUGGGUGACCUUCCUGGAAGGGUACUCUGCUCUUGCUGCGUGUUCUCUCAGUGCUUCCACUGUCCUUGGCAAGCUGAUUGAAAUCCGUUUAAAGAGUCCAGGCUGGAUCAAAAGCUUUGAAGAAGAGAUGAGCGUGGAGAGGAUCUGUGGAAACAUCCCCACCUCGGCCAGCUCCAGUCUGCUUGCUGAAGAUGCGGACAUGGGCGAAGAUGAUUUUGAUAUGGAAGGUGAUGUCGAUGAGGAGGUGGAGGAUAUCCUCCCCCAGCACCUGCAGCCUGGAGCUGGCUGUGGCCCUGGAUCCUCUCCUCUCCCCUCCCCCCGCAGUAGUCCCUGUCCCUCCCCAACCCAUGGAGAACCUGCAGCACCCAGCAGGCCUAGUCGUGCACCACAGCCCUCCCGACCAUCACAAGGACCUCCUGUUGACUUCCAACCUGGUGCCCCAACAUCUCAAGGCCUGGAGCCCAAACGCCCGCCUCCCCCUCGUCCCACUGCCCCACCAGCCAGACCAGCACCACCUCAGCGCCCACCGCCACCUUCAGGAGCAAAGAGCCCCGUGCUUCCUCGGCCAGAUGCUCCUGCAGGUCGAGGCCAGGCAGCAGCUGGAGCUUCUGGACCUGGAGGUGCUCCCAGACCUAAUAUCCCUCCUCGAGCCGGGGUGAUCAGUAUGCCCCCUCAGUCUCGUCCACUGCCCCCCUCUCACCCUGGAGCUCCCAGACCUAUCCAAGAGGUGCAUCCCGGGGCCCCUCUGCCCAUUCCAGACACUCACCCCGGAGCUCCACGCCCUGUGCCCAGUGCCCAGGCUAAACCAUUUGAGUUGCCUCUGGGACCAGCUCCCACAGGGCCCCCUGCAGUGAGACCCCAGGUGCCAUCACCCAUGCAGCCCCAACCCGUCGCCCCUUCAGUUCAGUCCCAACUCCCUCCACCGAUGCUGCCCACCUUUCCGGCUCCUCUCCAGCCACAGCAAGCUGCUGCAGCCCCUAAAACAGGGCCUACUCCUCCCCCUCCUGCUGCUUCCGCCACCCCUCCUGGGCCUUCACAGAGUCUAGCUUCUCCAAAACCUCCACCGCGUUCUCGUUCCUCUCACGUUCUGCCAUCUGAUGCUGCCAAGUCAGAGACAGCCCCAGCCGCACAGACAAAUGGACUGAAUGGAAUCCUAAGAGAAGCACAAUGGAAACCUGACCCCUUCGACACACUUGCAUGUGACUUCCUCCCCUCAUCCUCCUCCUCCUGGCACACCACCCAGUCCCUGACUAGAGGCUUGUCCCUGCGUACUCCCCCCUCCGUUCCUCCGUCUUCCUCAAGCACUCUCCCUCCAUCCUUCUCUCUCCAGUCCUCCACUCUGUUAGACCUGCAAGCGCUUGAUUCAUCCUCCUCUUCCUCACUCUCCACCCCAUCGCCUUUCGCCUCGUCCCUGCUGCCGCCUCCUCCAGUCCCGUCUCGCAGUCGCUCUCAAGAGACACUGCGUGCCUCCCCAGGCCCCUUUGUGACUGACCCACUUCCUGCCCGACCCAGCAGCACCAAUCCCUUCACAGGCCCACUGGGGCAUCAGCAGCACCGCUCGCUCACCCCAGACUUCAGCAUCCAGCAUACAAACCUUCAGAAAACUAUGUCUGCUCUUUCUCAGCCACUCAUUCCUACCCCUGCUCCAGCAGCUGCCCCCAUCCCUGCACCCACCUCCCAGCCCCAAAAGACCACAUCCCUUUUUGGACCAUCAUCCAUUUUCAGUCCUACACCUGCUCCUGUGCUCUCCCUUGUACCUGAACCCUCUCCUGCUCCUGCCUUGCCUCUGGCACCACCCUCCUCCAUUCCACCUGCUAUUGCACCUCACCGCCAGCCACCUCCCCCAGGAGGAAAAGUAAGCCAGCAGUGGGUCACUUUUGAUGACGAUUUGGAUUUUCCUUCUCUGACCAAAACAUCACAGACUGCUGUGUUCCCUUCUAAUUCCCUAGUGUCUCAAACCCAGACUCAGCCUUCCUGCUCCUUGUUGGAUUUGGAGCCCGACUGGUUAUCCCCAGCCCUCCCUUCUGCCAUCCCAACUAGAACUGCAACCAGUAACCUGAAACUCCCAGGGGGAACCAGUGGCGACUGCUUCUUUUCCAGGGAGUCGACAGAAAGAUAAGAUUGCCCUUAAUAUGUAGAGGGCAUAUCCAGAUAUGUAUAGAUCUAUGAUAAAUGUGUGUGUGUGUGUUUGUAUGCACAAAAGAGACGGUAUUUAAAAAGCAUAGACCAGUCCCCUUGAAUGACAGGAAAGGAUUUAUAUUCUUGAGCAGGAAUUUGAGAAGCGUAUAAGCCUAAACAUAUGUUCUACCGUUACCACAGAGAAAUUUGCUCAGCCCCUGUUAUUAACAUGUAUUUUAAUAUGAACCAUUCUGAUGUUUAUUUGUAUUUAUGGCAGUAAAUAUGUCUGUGUCUAUGGUAUAUAGUUAUACAAUUAUAUCUAUACGCACAAAUCGUGUCAUCUGUGCAAUAUCAAGACUUCCUGUGUGGCCGUGCAGCGCACAGCAUGCGCCUGUUUCAACGAAAUCAGCGUUACCUUCACAUUGGUUAUUUGCAAACACACUGCGGUUCAUAUUCCUCAUUUUGACUGACCUGUACAUCAUAGCGGGAUUCUCAGAGUAGAUGGUAUUCUUGUGCUUUCUGUGUCCUCAGCAAGUAGAAGGCUAUGCACUGUAGGUCUUACUUCGCCCCCAAAUCUGCUGCUGUCUACAAGACUUGCAUUGCUUUGGCUUUUUUUGGUUCUGUUGUGUCCGAGUGGUACAAAUCUAAAAAUCUUGUGCUUUUUUUUGUUAAAAUCACAAACGUACUUUAAAUUGCACAGGGUUUUGCCAUAGCCUCCUUGCUGACACAACAGCAUGACUCGGUUCAGCUGCAGGGCUGGUGCUCUGUAACAUCUCAUCCACUUGAUAGGAACACUUUUUUUUUUCUUUUGUCAUCGUUCUCUGUCAAUGGGCUGUUACACUUAGCUGAAUAUAUUUUGUAAAUUUACAGUAUAUCAACACCACCUAUACAUAAUAAUGUAUGUUUUCAAUAUGUGCUUAUGUGUGUCUGUGAUGACUGUAUCAGUGGUUUGCACAAUGUAACUGAUAUGCACUGAAAUGCUGUAUGUGCUCUCCUGGUUGUAAUCUUGUUGAUGGCAGAGGAACAAAACCGAGAUGCUGCGGACUGACAAGAUGAUAGAGCCAUUGGCCCUCUAGCGUUCUGAUCCCUCUUGAUUUAUCCAAAGCUUCAUACCAUACUGUUGUCAGUCCAGAGAAUGUGGAACACGUGUGUGUGUGUGUGUGUGCGCGCGCACGCGUGUGCAUCUGUUAGUCUGAAGAAGAUGCCACUUGCAUCUGUGGACAUGGCAACAAGCACAUGCCAGGCACAGUAAUAAGAGGGCACUUUUUUUUAAAAGACGUUUAAUUUUUAAAACCUUUUACUCUAAGUAAUCUAUUGACACUGGUGAGAAGUAAUGUGUUUUGUUUGAGGUGUAUAUUGUCUGUCCCUGUGUUUGGCAGUGAAUGUGUGUACAGAGUUAACCUAAUACCAGAGCUUUUCCCCUAGAAAGUAAUCUCUUUCAGAUACACACAGUGUAUUUCCUUAUACGUUCUAAGUUUAAAGCUACUGUAUUCACUCAGUCAUGGCUGUAACUGUGUAUUUCUGCUCUUCAUCCUGCUAUGGAGAGACAUCAUUGUACGCAAAACUGUUAAUAAAACACAAAGGAACUUUG